CUUAAUAGCCGUCGUUAGUAGUUAGCACUAUCUAAGCUAGAUAUAAGUUAAUGUAGGUUUUGUUGCCAUGGCAGCAGCGGAGUCGAUAUCAGGUGAAUCGGAUUCGGUUCUAGACUCGGUUCUGAAUCAGCUCUGGUGCAGCAGGUCUCUCCGGUUCGGUCCGGUCAGUCCGCUGUGCGUCGCGGUGAUCAGCAUAGAUCGCUAUCUAUCGGACGGGCGCGACUCCACCGACUGCUACAGCUACGACGUGACGAUAACCGACGGCAGGUGUCGGGUGAAGUGUCACUUAUCGGCAGGACUGAACCGACUGGUCCGGACGAACGCGCUCCGGUCCGGAUGGUGCGUCCACAUCAGCCAGUUCUGUAUCAUCCACGACGAGAGGAGACUGAACCACAGCUACGUGUGCAUCGAACAGGUCCAGAUUGUCUCCCACGAUCCCGCGAUUCUCCCCACGAUCAAAGAUCUGGACUCAGUCCGGUGGUGGUACCGGGACGGGAUCGUACAGACCGACGCGCCACUGAAGUUUAACAGGAAACAUUAUUUAUCAUUAUGGAAUAAUGAGGAUCCACACGGUACUGUGUGGGUCUCAAACACACCACCUGCAGAUGUUGUGAUCGAUGUAUCUAGGAUUUCUCUUCUGGCUGAUUUGGAUGCGUUCUUCGCCUCGUCCAGACGGCCUCUCCCUGUGCUCGUCCGCGUGUUGCACAGGUCUCGCCUGCGCUACUAUGGAAAACCGGGACAGAACAUCGACUUCCCGCUUCAGGCGUAUUUCGAGGUGGCUGAUCAGAGUGGCGUGAUGUCCAUGGUUCUGUGGAAUGAUUUGUGUCCGGAGUGGUAUCACAGACUGACCGUGGGUUCAGUUCUGUACCUGCAGCAUUACACACUGAAGCGCAGCUACCAGAACCGGUCCAGACCUCAGCUCGGCGCGCUGUCCCUCUUCUCCUUCAGCUCUAUAGAGAUCUGCCUGAACCCUCGGAAUCCCCCCGCCGUCAUCACCGUAAUUUCUCCUAAAGGUGUUCAGCCCCAGUGGAGCCUACCUGACGUCACCUACAAGUUCUCCACCAGGUCUGAAAUAGAGAGCCUGGCCAGUAACCAGGCCUGUGACAUCAUCGGUCUGGUGACCUACGUGGGCCGUGUCGAGCGAAUCAGAAACAGAGGGAAUUCUGUCCCUGUGAAGUUCUGGACGUAUCGGUGGGUUCAUGCGGUGGAUGGAACGUCAGAAUAUCCGUUCAUCCUGGAGAUCUUCGCCUCCUCCCAGCCAGAGAUCUUCAACAACAUUUCUCCUAUGACGUAUCUGGUGUGCACACAGAUGAGAGUGUGUCGGGAGACGGGCUCCUCUGUCUUUCUAACCAGCAGCACAGAGACUCAGCUCUUCAUCACAGGCUGUCACAGGAAGCAGCCGUACGUCUCGGAGCCGAAGGUGAAAGCCUUCAUCCAGUGGACGAAGACGCUGAAGGACAGUACCGUCAUGAGGAAGACGGCUGUAGGGGGGUAUUACUGUUACCCCCCUGCACCAACUACCUUCACACCAAACACAACCAGCACCAACACCACUAACAGCACCAGUUCUGUAGGUGAGGCAGCAUCCCUGUCGCUGAUGGCAGUAGGUGACCUGCGGAGGGAGCUGGAGAGUCUGCAGUACAGAGAGCGCCGGAGAGUCGCCGUGCAGGGUCACAUCUGUGUGGUGCAGUACCGGCAAUGGCCAACGGAGCGCGAGCAGCAGCUGGAACAAGAAUCAGCGAGCGAGACCAGAGGUUCAUCCCCCGUUAGUACAGACGUACCUGAGCGGAGUGAGACGCCCGCUGCCGCGCCCGCAAGUCACAACACACCUUCUCCCAAACGCCGGAGAGUUGAGGAAGCAGUGAAAGCAGUGCAGAGGCAGUACUGGACCAGAGCGAAGGUGCAGUCAGACAGACAGACAAAGCCAGCGAGUGUUGAAGAGGACGAGAGUCAGGAAGGUUCCACACAGUCACCCCAAACCACAGACAACACGGAGACGGCAAACGUUCCUGACUCAGAACACCCUGCCAGUCGGCCCGUUGCAUUAUGGGAGAGCAGCGUGUGGUCGUCACUGAAGCAUGACGUCGCAGAUCACAUUUCCUGCCCCGUUUUGAACACGGAGAGCGUUCCGGAAAGAUUCAGCUUCGAUAACCGAGACGUCCUGCUUCAGCGGAUCAACCUCAGCCCGUCCAAAUGGAGCCCGGAUCUUCCCUCGGACUCACACUGGGACACACACACCGCUGUGGAAUUCCCCGGAUACCUCACACUCACCAUACUGGGACUGAAUCAGGAGGCCGCCGUCGACUCCCUUUUCCUCCCCGUCUUCACCCCUGAAGACCCACGAGCAGUCGGGACAUCCUGCAGUCUCCAUGACGACACACUGAUGUCCUGCCUCACUGCAGGCCGAAUUCAUGAGCACCUUUCUCCAGCGUCACUGUUGAGCUCGGCUCCAGCGCUGGAGGAUCAGAAGGUGGUGUGUGUGCUGGACGUCUGUCUGCUGAGUGAGAACAAGCUGGAGAUCAUCUGCUCGAAGAUCUAUAGAGCGGCUGAUAUCAUUCCUGUGUAGAUUAUACACACACACACACACACACACACCGGUACAAGGAUGUCCUAAAGUAAAGUAUUUUUUUCUUUAGUUCAGAAGGAAUAAACAUGUUAUUUUAAUAA